AUGUCCGGGGAUCUGCCCAAACGCACACCCGCCACCGACUCCGCCGUUGCAGAGUUCAAUACCCGCCAGCGGCGAUGCAGCGCCGCCUCCGCCUCCAACCUCGUUAGUAGCGAUGAGGGCUCCGAAACGCCGUCGUACUGCAAGGAAACGAACUACGGCGUAGAUAUGUCUGGUGCCUCGACUACUGCGAGUGUUGAGGGUGGUAGCUCGAGUUAUAUAUAUGACGAUAAUACUAGUAGUGAUGGAUCGUCGAGCUCGAGCUCUAGCUCGGUGGGUAGUGAUAGGUCGGGGUCGGAGGGGAGUAGUAGUGGUGGUGGUAGCAGUAGCGAUGGUGGGACUGCCGGCUUGGUGGGUGGGGCCGGGAGGGUGGGGGGUGGGGUGGCUUGGGUUGUUGGUGUUGCGGUGGUGAUUGAGGCGAGAUUCUUGUGA